GUUACCAGUGUCAGUAUGCAUGCGUUGAGUUCUUCAAUCGAGUGAUAAGUGUAAAAACGAGUGUCGGCGAUACUGCAGCGAUGUACAUAUUUUUAUUUACCUACAGCUUAUGUUUUAAUGUAAGGAACUUAAAAAACAAUAAAAAUUCGUUAAAAAAACAAUUUUUGAAAAGAUAUAUCUACCUCAAUUUGUUUUAACCAUGUUUUUUACAGAAGUUACUGGUGAGUUGAUCUGACCUAUUUGUGAGUUAUAUUAGCUGUUGAAUGCAUUCAAAAGUGUAUGUUUAAAAUGGCAGGUUAUCCAUUGGUGUUUGGAGUAGGAUCCCGCGGGAUUUGAAGACCAUCAACUGGUGUGAACUUGGAAGAUCUCUUGGCAGAACCAGUAGCGUCAGCGCUCCAGAAGUCGUCACAUGCCGCAGCGACUAAAGUCGUCUUCACCGUUCUUAUAAUGUGGCCGGUGCGGGUGCUGUGGUGGCUCGCGGUCUGCCUGCCCGCGCUGGGCAGCCAGCUGGGCCCCGGCGACAAGAACUCCAUCAUAGAGCUGGGGGACAACUCCACGGAGCGGCUGGAGGCCAUUGCAGGGACGCCCAACUACCGCCUCAUCAAGCCAGACAAGGGGUCGCAGUGGUUCCCGGAGCGAGAGCUGAAGUUGGAUAGCUGCGUGCGGCGCGCGCGCUGCGAGCCCCUGCACAACCGCACGUGCCUCGGCGCGCGCCUGCCCUACGAUCUCACCAGCGUCCAUCUCACAUUCUACGACACCCAGGAACAGAUUGAAACGAAACUGGAGCUGUAUCGAGAGCUCAUAAAUGUGCCCAAGUGCUGGGCAGUCGUGCAGCCGCUGCUCUGCGCUACCUUCAAGCCUAAAUGCGAACGAAUCCUCGACCACGACAUGGUAUACCUCCCGUCGUAUGAAAUGUGCAAGAUCACGCUAGAGCCGUGCGCUAUUCUGUACAACACGUCGUACUUCCCGUCGUUCCUGAAGUGCAACGAGACGCUGUUCCCGCCCAAGUGUGAGAACGCGGCGCGCGAGAUGAAGUUCAACACGACGGGCCGGUGCCUGCCGCCGCUCAUACACACCGACAACCCGCUGCAUUUCUAUGAAGGCAUCCCAGGCUGCGGCAUCCCGUGCCUGGACCCGCUCUACACGGUAGACGAGCACCAGCAGAUCCACCGGCUGGUGGCGUGGGGCGCGGGCGCGUGCCUCGCGCUCAACCUGCUCACUGUAGCCACCUUCCUCAUAGACUGGCGCAGCGCCAAUAAAUACCCGGCGCUGGUGAUCUUCUAUAUCAACGUGUGCUUUGCUGUCGCAUCUAUGGGAUGGCUGGUGCAGUUCGGCGUGGGGUCGCGCGAGGACAUCGUGUGCUCCAAGGACGGCACGCGGCGCCGCGGGGAGCCCUCCGCCGAGGAGAACCUGUCGUGCGUCGUCGUCUUUGUGCUGGUGUACUACUUCAUGAUGGCGGCGUGUGUCUGGUUCGUGAUAUUCACGUACGCGUGGCACAUGAGCUUCCGGGCUUUAGGUAAAAUACAAGACCGCAUAGACAAGAAGGCGGCAUACUUCCACUUAGUGGCGUGGUCGCUGCCGCUCAUACUCACCAUCACUACGAUGGCGUUCGGAGAGGUGGACGGCAGCAGCAUCACGGGCAUCUGCUUCGUGGGCUACAUGAAGCACUGGAUGCGCGCCGCCAUGCUGCUGGCGCCGCUCUGCACCGCGCUGCUGCUGGGCGGGUACUUCCUCUGUAGAGGCGUAUUCUCCCUGGUAGCCGUCCGCGUGUCCAGCAAGGACGUGAUAACCCCUCGAGCGUCGAACAAGAUCCGGCAGACGAUCACGCGCUGCUCGCUGACGGCGGCGCUGGUGGCGGUGUGCGUGUGCGUCACGGUCGCCUGCCACGCGUACGAGUUCCGCAACCGCCGGCUGUGGCAGCGCGCCUUCCGGACCCACAUCAUCUGCCGGCUCGAGCAAGCCUUCGACUUGCGCGGGCGCUGCGUGGCGGGCGCGCGGCCUUCCGUGUCAGUACUUCAGCUGCGUCUACUCAGCGUGUUCGCGGGCGGCGCGCUCAUGGCGUCGUGGACGUGGACGCCGGCCGCGGCGCGCGCCUGGCAGCGCUACCUCGCACGCAAAUGCGGCUGCAGCGUGGAAGCGGAAGCUGGCGCUCGCCGAGCUCACAAGCACGAGCUGAUCGCGCGCGCGUACCGCCGCCGCGACGUGCUGCGAGACCACGGCCGCCUGUCCAUCUCGCUGGGCCGCUCGCGCCAGGACCCCGUCGGCCUGUUCCUCGACAACACCGCGCCCAUCGACUACCCCGACGACGCUAAAUACGAGAGUGGCGAGCUAUCCUCUUCAUGGGCGGCGAACCUGCCGCGCUUCGUGCGUCGCCGCGACGCGCUGGUCCUACCAGCGCACACCGCGCACGCGCACCACUCGCACCACUCGCUCAGCUCGACCCCCGACCGCCGCCACUCGCAGGACUCGCAGAUCAGCAUCAGUCUGCGCCACGUCUCCGUCGAGUCACGACGCAACUCGCUCGACAGCCAACUCUCCGUCAAAAUUGCAGAGAUGAAGACCAAAGUGGGGCGAAGGAGGACCAAGCACGGGAAGGCGAAGCGCAAGCACAGGACUGCGAGGAAGGAAAGCACUCCGUCGAUAGAGAGCCAGAUUAGCCGCUAUUGGUUGCAAGCUCUGCAAGCCAACAAUGACCCCUCACGCGAGGAGGUCAAGUUCAGUUUUGACUAACGAUUUUAUAUAAUUGAUGAUUUUUAAACUCGCACUUUUUAAUACUCUAGCUUGUAAGGAUUGAAGUUCAAAGUAAGGAUAACAAAACGUCCAAAGCUAUUUUUAGUAGUGGUUAGUUGCGAUUUUGCAUAGUGAUUAAGUGUCGUGGCUAAAUGAUGUUUGUAAGUAUUGCUUUAUACUUAUAUCAAACUGAAGGGAAGACUGAUAUGAAUCUCAUAUUUGUGACAUACAUGACAAUAUUAUUUCUGUAGCAAUAAUUGCAUUUUUUGUGAUAUUGGUAACUUUCUAACAGAAGAACAAUGUGCCAUAUGAAUGUAAUACAAAAGAAUACUUACCCGUUGAAUUCGACUGAUAUUUACAUUAGUUUUAAGUUUUGCACUUUAUUAGGCAUUUAUACAAUGAUCAUCUUGUGAAUAAGUUAUUUAUAAGAUUUUGAUAUGUCCAUAGUCCAAGUUGUAUACAUGGUGAUAUAUUUAAUGCGUACAAAAUGAGUGGUUGUGACACUGAUGAACUCAUAAGUUGAAGUUUUGAGUAUAAACUUGUCAUUGCAGUGUAAAAUGCGACUAUUACGUUAACUAUUAAAUUAGAUUAACUCUAAUCGAAUGUGGUAUUGCAUUGUGCGUGUCUCGUGAACCGCCUGUCUCAUUGUAAUAUCUGUAUAAAGCUUUAAUGUUGUAUAAUAUUUUAUACAUACCUACGUAAUUUUUGCUACAAAUUUAUCAGUUAGUAUAAUAAUCAACUCAGUGUUUUAUAUUUUACAAUAAAAUUUCAUUUUGUAA